GCAGAGUGUCGAGCAGAGGACGGGGGAUCUGUGAUAGAGUCUGUGAUAGUAGAUGAGGGGCGCGGUCCUGAUAGUCUUACGUGUCUAUUUUGCCACAGCAAUUAUAUUUCAUUUCAGUCCAACAUGACUUCAGAAAUUUCCAUAUUUCAUAUAUCAGAAGAGAAUGAAAUAUUAUGAUGAGCAGGACUAUUCCACGUGUGUUUUGUGCCAGGCUGUCAGUGCUCAAAUACCAAAUCAGAACACACAAUAUAUCCACAAUCACUGUCAGUCGUCCAUACACUUAUGAUCCAUCAGGGGAGCAUUCUUGUGAACCGCCACAAGGAGAUAAAACUUUUACUGGAGCGCUUCAAAACACCUCUCUGUCAGUGGCAUGAUGCUUGGAUGAUAGCUGAUGAAAAAAAGAAAAAUGAAAAUCCAGAUAAUGUAACAUUGAGCCAAACAAUGACAAAAAAAUCAUUAAACAAGUUCAGAAGCAUAUAGGUCAAUAUGAAAGUGAGAAAUAUGUCCAACCUCUGAACUCUACACUAGUGCUGCUUGGUGUACCAGAUGUUGGGAAAACUUCUAUUGUUAAGCAGGCUUUAACCAUUGCCAUGAGAGAACACCUACUGCACCCACCACCCAUGACUCUGGAUCUCAGGUCACCUGAAGGUCAAUCUCACCAGCUGACUGGAGUAUUGUCAAAGGUAAAACAAGGUUUGGGCGGAUUUCUCAUGGACGUUUCCCCUUUACUGCAAGGCUCAGCCACUCUCAUGGGGAUUCCAUUUCCUCAUCGGUCAGAAAAGGACUCGCAUUCAUUGAAAGGGAAAUCUAUUGAAGAAAUUCUCCAAUCACAAGCAGAGACCCUUCCAGCAGCCCUAAGGUUCUACAAAACAUUGGUGAAAAAAGCAUCUGAGGAAUAUGAAAAAGGACAUCUACCACCCUGUAAUUUACAUCCAUGCAGCACACAUUUUGCAAACAUUAGACUCAAGAGAGAUGGAUCAGUUGUUGCAGUGGAUAGGCCAGCUUACAUUCAGGUCACUCAACAGGAACGCCUGAUGGAUGUUAUUUUGUCCACCAGCAAUGGUUUGUUUUUUACACAACUGUCAGAUCUCUUGGGCCACAAAGUAAGUCCUUUGUGGAUAGAUGACUUGGAUGCUGUCAGCUCACACACAUUAUACAUGGAAUUGAAGAAGUCCUUGCUCUCCCAAGCUGAGGUUCUAGGUCACCACCUGAAAGAAAAGAACAUCCCCCACUUUGAAGAGAUGUACAAGUUUCUUGGGGGUCGUGCCUAUCAUUAUUCACAGGUCCUGAGUGUCAGCAAUUUUGAAAAUUUGUUGCAUGGAGGGGAUGGUGAACAUUGGCUAAAUCCACUGAGUCCCAGAGCCAUGCGCCAAGCCUAUCUGUUGCUAUAUCCAGCAAUGAUGUCUAGGGGUCUAGUGCGUAGAUAUGGGGAACCAAACUGGACAAAAGAGGAGGGGAAAUGCAUCAUUAAAGCCAUGGCCAAGACGGUAGAUGGGAACAUCCCCAUGGAGUUCUUUAUAAAAGAUGAGAGUGUUUCUAUUCCUGCACUGAAGAAGUUAUCCAGGAUGAAUGUGCUGGGUUACAAACCUGAGAUGGGGCAACCUCUAGGAUGUGGCACUAUAAUUCCAUCUUCACCUUUACAACUUGUUUAUAUUAAGAGAUUGGCUGAGACAUUUUAACUUUUUCUAGGGCUAAGCAAACUUUAUUUGCAACAAUUGUUGAAGACAUUUGACUUGCCCUUCAAAAUUUUUGAGAUAUUUGAUGAAAUUUGGUCAUUUAUGAAAGGUUAAAUGAUGAACUAAAAUCUGAGUUAAUCAAAAUUAUACCUGGUUGAACCUUGUUCAGAAAUGUUCUCAUGCAAUAUUACAAACUUUUAAUGUGUAAACAGAGUAUUACUUGACACAUGUCUUUUAAAAUAUGUUAAGGAUUUUAUAUAUAUGACGCUUUUAUCUAUGAUGAUUUAUUAUUUACAUAUGCAUAAUUUAUAGAUACAUAUAACCAUGUCAGUAAAAUGUAUUAAAGGAAUGCAAAGUUAAGUUUUUUUUCUCCAUUUAGAACUGUUGUGGUGAUUGCUUAUACUCAGGGAAUGUUGUAGUGCCAUAUGUAUAUAUACAUACUGCACAAAGUACAAAAUUAUAGUUAUUUUAAAUGGUUUUUAAUGGAUACAAGUAAAUAUACUUUAUUGUGACAGUGUUAUGUAUGUGUGUAACAUAUGUUUGGAGAUUUUGGGUCUUCACAAUUGAUAUUUUUGAAAUGGUUUUGGUAAAUAACUUUUGUACUUUUGUUUUAUAGUGUGACACAUUUUAUAUUGUGACACACACACACAUACACACACACACACACACACACACACACACACGUGAAGGCAAAUAAGCUUUAUUUGAAAAUAGCUUUAUUUAAAGCAUUAGAAGUUAUGAACGUCUGGAAUGUGAUUAGAUAAAAUGGUAUUUUAUAUUUUUGUAUGUCGGAUUGGAUAAUCAAAAGAAAAACGUAUCUGCUUUACCUGUAAUAAUAUCUUGCUUAGAAGCAAUCAUAACCCUACAAUCACAUUAAAAAAAAAACAUGAAUGAUGAUGCACAUAAUUUGAGACAAAAUCCCUGACUAUAUUGAAAUCUAAAAG